UAGGUUUUGUGGAAGACAAAAUUGAACUGCUGUCAGAUUGCCACAGGAGUAUAUUGAGCAAGUGGAUCCAACAAUACAAAUAAAUUGUUCAAGCUGGCAACAGUAUCCGAACAUUCAAUUAGUGCCUAAUGUCUUCAUUUUUCUAUCCCACCAUAUAAGUUUUUUUCUUUUAAACGAGCAUCUUAUGCAGAAAUAAAACUAGUAUUCCAUUCCAAAGGGGCCCAAUUGAGCCAUCUGAAAUCAUCCCUUAAGAAAUGGGGACUCUGCUCUUCGGCCCAUUUUAUGCAAAACCCAGCACUGUACUCAGCUCAGCAUUCAGCAGCUCGAAGAACAGAAACAAUUUCAUUUCCAGUUAGAUGUGCUUCCUAUUUUCCCAGGAAUCCAAUUCACUGAAAUCAAAUCACCAAAUUUGCUGAUAAAAAAAAAAAAACCCCCACAAUCUUGGAAUAAUAAAAAAAGACAAGAAAAGAGUAGCAGAAGCUGCCUCCUCCAUGGCUUCAGCUCCUUCCAAGCUCUAUGCAGAUGAUGUUAGCCUUGUGGUGGUUUUGGUAGACACUAACCCAUUUUUCUGGAGGCCUCUCUCUCUCUUCUCUCAGUUUCUUUCUCAUGUUCUUGCAUUUUUGAAUGCAAUAUUGACUCUGAAUCAACUAAACCAAGUCGUGGUUAUUGCUACUGGAUAUAAUUCUUGUAACUAUAUCUUCGAUUCGUCUUCCGAUUUGAACCAGAGUUUUGAGAAUGGAAGAAUGCCUGUUAUGUGCUCCAGCUUGUUGCAAAAGUUGGAGGAGUUUCUUAUUAAAGACGAGCAGUUGAGUAAGGAGGUACCUGAGGGAAGGAUUAAGUCUUCCCUCUUGUCAGGGUCAUUGUCAAUGGCUCUUUGUUAUAUACAGAGAGUGUUUCGUUCAGGAGCCCUCCAUCCACAUCCUCGAAUCUUAUGCUUGCAGGGAUCACCAGAUGGACCUGAACAAUAUGUUGCAAUCAUGAAUGCGAUAUUCUCUGCCCAACGCUCUAUGGUUCCUAUAGACUCUUGUUACAUGGGCGCUCAGAAUUCUGCCUUCCUGCAGCAGGCUUCUUACAUAACUGGUGGUGUACAUCAUAAGCCUCAACAUUUGGAUGGGCUGUUUCAAUAUCUCAUGACUAUUUUUGCUACUGACUUGCAUUCUCGCAGUUUUUUACAUCUUCCAAAGCCUGUCGGUGUAGAUUUCCGUGCCUCAUGUUUUUGCCAUAAAAAUACCAUUGACAUGGGUUACAUAUGUUCCGUAUGUUUGUCAAUUUUCUGCAAGCAUCACAAGAAAUGUUCAACCUGUGGGUCAGUAUUUGGUCAGGCUCAAUCCGAGGCUGCUUCAACAUCUGACAAAAAGAGAAAGACUCCAGAAACAUAAAGUUAACUGAGAAGGAUACAAAAGUUCUAUUAUCUACUAAAUUUUGAGGGGGUGGCAUUGGGUGAUUGCAGACCAGAGAUUUUGCUCCUACCAUGAAUUCCCUGCUAACCUUCAGAAGAGUUAGAUAGUUUUGAGAUAAGAUUUUAGUACAUACAAGGGCAUGCCUCCUUUCCUCUUCUUGUUUCUACUGUUCCUCUACCAAACAGUUGAAGCCAAAUUAGCAGCAGGGAUGCUUUAUUGUUUGUAGAAACAUUUACUCGUGUUAAACCUGCAAUUUUAGGAACUGAGAAAGAAGAAGAAAUGGUCAAUAUAGCUUUUUAUAUGAGCCCUUUUCCAAUUUUAUUUCACCAAUGUUGUAACAACCUUACGACCCGUUUAGUGUUGGGAAAUGCUUAUCAUUUUGCAACUCAAAUUCUCUUAAUAAGUUAGUUACUUUUAGUAUAACUAUUUUGUAAUUUUUGGAUA